CCUUUUCCUAGAAAGCCUGAUAUCAAAGGGUCUUUGAUAUUCUUCCACUCAUUCUACUUAUUUCUAUCUUCUCCGCACUCUCAUUGUCGUCGUCCACCGGAACUGGUCACUAUAGAAAUAUACAACUUAGCUGUAUUACAAUCGAAACCAUGGCCUUCCAACCAUACACUCCAAAGCCUAUCACAGAUGUCUUCACCGCAGACACCGACAUUGACCGCCGGAAGUGUCAGCGUACUGUCCCCAUGAAAGUCCUUGCCCUCGGCCUUGGACGGACAGGCACUGCUUCUCUAAGAACGGCCCUAAAGGAACUCGGCUUCACGGAUACCUAUCACAUGAUGUCUGCGAGCGUUGAGAACCCCCCUGACUGCUUGAUGUGGCAAGAUGCCUUUGCCGCAAAGUUCGAUGGCCAAGGGACGUUCGGGCGGGAAGAAUGGGACAAGCUGCUCGGCCAUUGCCAAGCGGUUUGCGAUUGGCCAGCAGUUGCCUUUGCCCAGGAGCUCAUCGAGGCGUAUCCAGAUGCGAAAGUCAUUCUCACCACACGAGAUGUUGAUUCAUGGCACGCCUCAACGGCGAAGACAGUAGACUGGCGGGCGAACGAUCCAGAGCUCAAGCUCGUUGCACAAUGGGACUGGGGAGCAGGCCUCUACCAGCCAAUGCUCAAGCGAUUCUGGGACACGUUCUUCAAAGGCGACUUCAAGAAGUACGGCAAGUCAGUGUUCAACGACUACUACGCGGAACUGCGUGCCACAGUGUCUGCAGACAACCUCCUCGAGUACCGCAUGGGCCAGGGGUGGGGUCCGCUGUGCGAGUUCCUCGAGGUGCCGGUGCCACAAGGGAAGAAGUUCCCGCACACCAACGACACAGACGGCUUCGUUGACAGGUGCAAGGCCCGUAACCGCGCGCAAAUGAUGAACGUGGCAUUCCGCGCUCUUGUGAUGGGUGGCGGCGUCAUCGCCGCCGUGAUAUCUGCCUCUGUUACCUUUCACAGACUAGGAGGGCGGUUUUCGGCAUUCCGGGCUUAGGAGCGUUGUGGUCGACUUGUGCUCGUGGACUUUCUUGUGAUAGGGCAGGGCGUUUCUGGAUAGUGGCACAUGGUGCUAGUCCAGGUGCA